AUGGUCGCCAUCUACCUUGCCUCGUUCGCGGCCGUCUUCGGGAUCGUCGCGGCCGCUGACUGCGCGCCGGGUAACAACAACACUGAGCGCGCGCCCACAGCUCACCUUCAAGUCCUCUCGUACAACGACGUGUACGAGAUGAAGCCCGAAGAGGACGUGACGCAGUAUGGUGUCCUCGUCGGCGGUCCCUCGCGUGUCAUUCCCAUCGCAAAGAAGCUCCGCCAGAACUUUGAAAACAGUUUGGUCAUCUUUGCGGGCGACACCAUAUGA